AUGGAGGGCUAUGGCUCGGCCGUGAUGUCGGCGGGGCGCGAGUACCGCGGGUCGCUGCGGGACGGGAUGUUUGACGGAGAGGGAGAGCUGCUGUUCCCCGGCGGCAGCAGAUACCAGGCUGUCUGGCACCGCGGGGUGGCCACGCAGGGGAAAUACGUUUUUGCAGAUGGCCUCGAAUACGAUGAUAAAAAAUGGAAUUACUGCGACGGCUACGACAGAAGAUUUUAUACAGAAAUCUGUUCUGGUUUCAAACCACCAGGCAUUCCUCAGUUUACAAAUCUGGAUCCUCCCAGAAUAAUCCCAGAAGGUUGUUACGACUGUGGUGAUGGAUUCUAUAAUCCUGAAACCAGAGUUGUUGUUGACUACCAAUUCGAGUUUCUGAGAAAUGCAGAUGAUGAAGAGCAUGAAUGGAUCAUUCGGACCUGCCGCAAAGCUUGGGGCAAAACAGCUGAGCACAAACCGAAACCGUAA